AUGUGGGUCUGCGCACCAACAGUUCAGCACACCAACAGUUCAGCACACCAACAGUUCAGCACACCAACAGCUCAGCACAUCAACAGUUCAUCGCACCAACAGUCCAGCACACCAACAGUUCAGCACACCAACAGUUCAGCGCACCAACAGUUCAGCGCACCAACAGUUCAGCGCACCAACAGUUCAGCGCACCAACAGUUCAGCACACCAACAGUUCAGCACACCAACAGUUCAGCGCACCAACAGUUCAGCACACCAACAGUUCAGCACACCAACAGUUCAGCGCACCAACAGUUCAGUGCACCAACAGUUCAGCACACCAACAGUUCAGCGCACCAACAGUUCAGUGCACCAACAGUUCAGCGCACCAACAGUUCAGCGCCAGGGCACUGCCUUAUUUAA